AUGAGCAUGAUCAUCACAAACAUAUUUUUCGACCACGGAGGUCAUUAUGCAGAAGAGGAACUGAAAUGGGUUUCAAAGAAUCCCACUUGCGCUAUAACAUUCAAGAUCUCAUCUUUGGAGGAGAUUACGUACUCAGCGAUUGUGGAUAAGAUAUGCAGGAAGAUUGCAAGAGAUGGAGCUAAGCCGCUGCUGAAAUUGAGUUACAUUCCAAUGAGGAUUUUGCAUGUGGAGGUAACCAAGAACACGAACAGAACAAAUCAUAGGAGCGACCACCUGUCUAGAACGGAUGCAGAAAGUUCAUUUGGUUUGAAUUACGAGGAGGAAUCAGUUCCAAAUGACAGAGGUGAUGGUGUCGUUACCAUAUUCAGAGAGCAACAUGUUGAGGAGCCAGAGCCACAUAUUGAAGAGCCACAUAUCGAAGAGGUUGAGUCUGAUGGUAAAGAAGAGGAUGGCAACGAGAAGCGUCCAGAACCAGAUACAGAAGAUGGGUUAAACUUCUUUGAUGAGGAUUUUGAGCUUUCACGUCCUGUAGAAGAAAUUAAGUUGGCUGAAGAAUGGGAAGAUGAUAUUGGUCUUGAAAUAAAACAAGAAUUUCCAUCAAAGGAGGCAUUGCAAGAUUUGGUUGACAGAGCUUCACACAAGCAUUGUUUUGGUGUCCGCACUUACAAGUCUGACACUGGCCGACUUAUCCUAAGGUGCACUCAGAAGAGCGGAUGCUGUAAUUGGUAUAUAUAUGCUGCGAGGAAAGGUGGAUCAGAUUUUUUCAGUGUCCGAAAAUACUGGAACAAACACAACUUCUCACGGGCUGUUGAAAGUAGUAACAGCUCUCGAAGGAGAGGCAACCCACGAUUAGUGGCAUCGGUUUUGCAUGAAGACUAUCCAGGUCAGUUUGACACACCAGUUCCAAAAACAAUUGUCGAUGUUGUUCACCAUAGACUUGGUGUGAAUGUGUCAUACUCAACGGCCUUGAGAGGAAAAAAACUACACGUUAGUGAUGUUCGAGGCACUCCUGAAGAAGGCUACAAGAUGUUAUUUUCUUAUCUGUACAUGCUGGAGCAGGAAAAUCCUGGAAGCAAAACGAAUGUGCAACUAGAUGCUUUGCACAAUUUUGAGUAUCUGUUUGUUGCUUUGGGAGCGAGCAUUGAAGGGUUUCAGUGGAUGAGGAAAGUGAUAGUUGUGGAUGCAACGUUUCUGAAGACUGUAUAUGGUGGACAGCUUGUGUUUGCCACUGCUCAAGAUCCUAAUCAUCACCAUUACCCUAUUGCCUUUGGGAUAAUUGAUAGCGAAAAUCAUAGUAGUUGGCCAUGGUUUCUGGAAAACCUGAAAGCUGUUGUACCAGAUGAUCCUGAACUCGUUUUUGUUAGUGACAGACAUAAAAGCAUCAUAUAUGGAGUCUCGAAGGUCUAUCCAUUGGCUCGCCAUGUACACUGUAUUUGGCAUCUGGCUCAGAACGUAAAAGGGCAUGCUCAGCAAGGUGUUAAGAAAGACGAUGUUGUUGAUAAGUUCAUCAUAUGCGCUCAUGCUUAUACUGGGUCUGAGUUUAAAAAAGGAGUUUGA